CGAGCGAAGUCACGGAAAAAAACCUACAUAACGAACUUAUACAAGGAACCUAUGACUUUAUUCUACACGCAGACUUGUUUACAAUCAUUAUAGUGAACAGAUAGCCAACGAAUACAUGUGCGCUAAAAUAAAAUCAAAACACGCCAUCUUGAAAAAAAAACUUUUUGCAUUGGUGUUUUACUGACAUCCUACAGGUGAUAAAUAGAUUUCAUAAUCGAUAAGAAUUGUUGUGCAAUGCAAUGAAAAUGUGGUUUUGUUUGUGAACUUUAGAAAUGUGUUAUUUAUAUUAAUAUAGUUUCUAUUUUAUUUUUUGUGUAUUGGCCAGCGUCUGUCGCCUCAAGGAAGUAGUUUAGUUUUGAUGGAGGGAAAUGGAUCGUUUGUUGAUCGCGUAGGGGUCUAAGCAACCGGUCAUUGCAACAUUGGACUUCUAAAUUCAAAUCUUUGUACCGCGAGUGACAUAGAACUGUAUUGACGUCCAAAGUGUUACACGUUUUUUUUAAAAAAAAACACCAUGUCAUCCCUGAAGGAGCUGGCGGUGGCGCUGUUCGAGGCGGGCGCGGUGCGGCUCGGAGACAUCGAGGCUAAACUCGGCCGCCGCACACCCAUCUACUUCGACCUCAGGGUCGUUGUCUCUCACCCCAAAGUCAUGAUUUCCGUCGCUCAACAGCUACAAAAGUUGUCUGAAGACAUUCAUCACGACUUGCUGUGUGGCGUCCCGUACGCGGCGUUACCGAUAGCAGCUGUCAUGUCUAUCAACACCGACACACCAAUGAUCAUGAAAAGAAAGGAAACCAAACUUUAUGGGACUAAGAAAAUGCUGGAAGGAAAAUUCGAGAACAACCAAAGAUGUCUUGUUGUCGAAGACGUAGUGACAUCUGGUGGCAGCCUUAUGGAAACCGUUUGUACUUUACGCGCCGAAGGUUUAAACGUGACAGACGCUGUCGUAGUUCUCGACCGCGAACAAGGUGGCGUUAGUGUACUCAAAAAGAACGGAAUCACCGUAACAUCUAUAUUCACUCUAACCGAUUUGUUGAAAAUGUUAAACGAAGCCGGAAAAAUUAGCGACGAAACUGUACAAAUUAUUGUAGAACACAUUAAGGAAUGCCAAUUCAGCAAUUUGGAUUUCAUGAAGGAUAACUUGGAGCUCAUUGAGUGAACCAAUAAAUUCAUAUUUUUAUUAGGAUUUUUGUUGACACAGUAACUGAAAAGGCAUUUCCAUUACUGGAUCAUAAUUUUAAAUAUCUUUAGGCCAUUUACUAUAGGUAGUUGACCUUAUUUUAAGUUAAUUAUAUGUGUAUUCCAUCUUUAGUAUGUUUAAGGUUAUCUCAGCUUAUAAUUCAUUUGCUCGCAUACCAUGAGCGCUAACAUAGUGUAAUAAAUACAUAUUAAUGUGUGUACGUACAUACCUACUUUAUUUAAAUAACAGUAAACUUAAUACCAACUUUUUCCUUCCUUCUGUUUACAUAUUAAAAUAUACUAUGCUGAAGCAUGA